AUGCGAGGUAGUUCGACGUAAUAGAGGUACAUCCCUGAAAAUUCCCCAGGUGCACGUUUUUUUUUUGAUAAAAGGGGCGCCUGCGCGCGACUCCUCCUCCUCGCUAUAAGAAUCAACGUCGUCGGGGUGAACCUUUCAGACUGUUCCUUGCCUGCUGACGGAGCGCAACGGUUGUCAUCAUUACCAGAGCAACAACAGUACCACCACCACCACCACUCCAAUACCGACCAGCAGCAGCAGCAACCUGUGUGUGCGUGUUUCCAUAGAUACUUCUCACGAGUUACCAUCGCAACGCGACACAACAACCUGUCGGAACGGCCCCCCAAGUGCUUUUGUUUCUGUGCUCGUAGAUAGAUAGAUAGACCAAGGUGUGCGAACAAUUGUUUCCGUUUCCCUCUUUUGUUUUUGCAUAAUAGUUUGACAUAUUACUGCAAAAAAAAAACAAAAAGAGAAGAUGAAUCUUGCGUGCAACGAGCGCGUCGGUGGCGUGAAUUACGCGACGAACGACCCGGUGAUCUUCGCCGAUGAACGCGUCGUCGAACACCUCCUCGAGGAGGAGCGUCUCUACGUGCCCCCGUGCAACUACUUUGAAUCGGUGCAGACGGACAUCGAGCCUUUCAUGAGGAAAGUCGUCACAACCUGGAUGCUCGAGGUGUGCGAGGAACAAAUGUGCGAGGAUCAGGUGUUGCCGCUGGCUGUGAACUUCAUGGACAGAUUUCUGAGCGUCUGCAACAUCAAGAGGCAACAAUUGCAACUGCUGGGAGCGACCUGUCUGCUGAUCGCGUCGAAGGUCCGAAGCGCGACGACGCUCUCCAUCGAACUGCUGUGCGCCUACACCGACUACAGCGUCUCCCAUGACCACAUCUCGAACUGGGAGCUGCUGGUUUUGUCAAAGCUCCAAUGGAAACUGUCCGCCGUGACGGGCUUCGACUACGUGGAUCACAUCAUCGGCCGCUUUCCAUGGGGAAACGACAGUCAAUUAUUGAGGCGACAUUCUCACACUCUUGUCUCCAUCUGCUAUACCG